AUGACAGAACCAAACGGAUUUACACAAGUUACCGAAGGUAUUGGAGCUAACAGUACUUCACAAGCUAAUCCUUAUGGACCAAAUCCUUCUGAUUAUUUAUCCAAUGUUAAUAGUUUCCAAUUAAUCGAAAGUACAUUAAGAGAAGGUGAACAAUUUGCAAAUGCUUUCUUUGAUACCGAAAAGAAAAUCGAAAUAGCUAAAGCUUUAGAUGAUUUUGGUGUUGAUUAUAUUGAAUUAACUUCACCUGUAGCUUCAGAACAAAGUAGAAAAGAUUGUGAAGCUAUCUGUAAAUUAGGUUUAAAAGCUAAAAUUUUAACUCACAUUAGAUGUCACAUGGAUGAUGCUAAAGUCGCCGUUGAAACUGGGGUUGAUGGUGUUGAUGUUGUUAUUGGUACCUCUCAAUAUUUAAGACAAUACAGUCAUGGUAAAGAUAUGAAUUAUAUCGCUAAAAGUGCUAUUGAAGUUAUUGAAUUUGUUAAAUCUAAAGGUAUCGAAAUUAGAUUUUCAUCCGAAGAUUCUUUCAGAUCAGAUUUGGUUGAUUUAUUAAACAUCUAUCGUACUGUUGAUAAAAUUGGUGUUAACAGAGUUGGUAUUGCUGAUACUGUUGGAUGUGCUAAUCCAAGACAAGUUUAUGAAUUAGUUCGUACUUUAAAAUCCGUAGUUAAUUGUGAAAUUGAAUGUCAUUUCCAUAAUGAUACUGGUUGUGCCAUUGCUAAUGCUUAUACUGCAUUAGAAGGAGGUGCCAAAUUAAUCGAUGUUUCCGUUUUAGGUAUUGGUGAAAGAAAUGGUAUUACUCCAUUAGGUGGUUUAAUGGCAAGAAUGAUUGCUGCUGACAGAGAUUAUGUGUUAUCAAAAUAUAAAUUACAUAAAUUAAGAGAUUUAGAAAAUUUGGUAGCUGAAGCCAUUCAAGUUAAUGUUCCAUUCAAUAAUCCAAUUACCGGAUUUUGUGCUUUCACUCAUAAAGCUGGUAUUCAUGCUAAAGCUAUUUUAGCUAACCCAUCAACAUAUGAAAUUUUGAAUCCUUCAGAUUUCGGUUUGACUAGAUAUAUACAUUUCGCCAACAGAUUAACUGGUUGGAAUGCUAUUAAAUCAAGAGUUGAUCAAUUGAAUUUAGAUUUGAGUGAUGAACAAUGUAAAGAAGUUACCAAUAAAAUCAAAAAAUUAGGUGAUGUAAGACAAUUAAAUAUUGAUGAUGUUGAUUCUAUCAUCAAAGAUUUCCACGCUAACAUGGGUACUCCUUUAUUAAAACCUGUCGAUGGACCUGAAGUUAAAAAACAAAAAACCUUGUAA